UCUUGUUAUCAUACCGUGACCGACUCACCUGAGCAUAAUAGUAGUUCAAAGGAAAAAACUCAAAAGGGGGAGAAAAGAGAAACAAAAAAGAUGUCCAAGGAAAAUGGGAAGCACUCGCUGGAAUCCAAUGCCGCUGGGCUCAAUUUCGAGGAGACAAAAUUGACCCUAGGGUUGCCCGGCAAGACGCGUGGACCGACUGAGAUCGGAGCAAAAUCGGGCACGAAACGCGGGUAUUCCGAUACCAUUGAUCUUAAUGUUGAGAGCUCAAGCCAGAAACAGAGUGAAAGUGAUGAUAAUGGGGUUGUCAUUGAUGAAGCAAGUGCAUCUAAACCUCCACCAGCCAAGGCACAAGUGGUGGGGUGGCCUCCGGUGAGAGCAUCAAGAAAAAAUGUGAUGAAGAGUUGCAAAUUCAUAAAGGUGGGGUUAGAUGGAGCUCCAUAUCUGAGAAAAGUUGAUCUUGAGAUGUACAAUAGUUAUAACCAGCUUCUCACUGCUUUACAAGACAUGUUUUCCAGCUGCUUGACCAUCCGGAACUAUUUGAAUGAAAGAAAGCUUAUGGACCCCGUAAAUGGGAUGGAAUAUUUACCCACUUAUGAGGACAAAGAUGGUGACUGGAUGCUUGUUGGAGAUGUACCAUGGACAAUGUUUGUUGAAUCGUGCAAGCGAUUGAGGUUAAUGAAAAGAUCAGAAGCAAUUGGACUAAGCAUCUCCAAAGAGAUCUCCAAAAUGUGAAAGCACAAGUGAUUGAAAGAAUUAGCCUUCUUCAUAAUCAGCAAGAUUCAGAUGAUGUACAGAGGCGGCUUUUCUUUUUGGUUUUUAUACGACUCAAUACUUCUUUGGGUUAAAGAGUUUUGAUUAGGUCCAAAAUAAGAGAUGCUUUUGUUUUGUUUACUCAACACGAUAUACAUAAGAUUUGUACCCUUCUCUUUUACAUUGUGUGAUUAUCUAUCUGAAGAUGAAAUUUCUAUCCACAA